UUAUUUGUAUAAUGAUGUAAAAUAUUUUUAUUUUUACGAACCAUUUGUAAAUUCUAUUUAUGUAAAAAAGUGGAUAAUUUUUUUUUCUGUAAGAGAAAAAUUUGUUGUCUCAAAGAGAAAUUUUUGCUUCCUCAUAUAGAGGAAGUAUUCAUUACUAUUUUUAUUCAGAUUUUUAUUUUUCAAAAUUUUCCUAUAAAAACAGAAAGAAAAUAUGAAAGGUGUACUCCACAGUGGAAUUGUAGAAAGAAAAAAGAGAAUUUAUUUGCGACAGUUUUUUUCUAUACUGACAGGCUACAUUUUAUUAAUAGACGUGGGAGCACAACUCUCGUGGUCAUCGCCAGCACUGCCAUAUUUAUUAGAUAAAAAUAAUUCCAAAUUCUCGAUAACAUCGGACCAGGGAGCAUGGGUCGCUUCUAUUGUUUCUCUCGCGGGUAUCGCCGGCUACGUGGCAAUUCCCCUUCUAAUGGACCGAAUUGGACGUAAAUUGACUCUCUUUAUCUUUGCAAUCGCUCAUCUAAUAUCUUGGAUAUUAAUUUAUCUUGCGAGUAAUUAUAAUUUUUUACUGGCAGCAAGAUUUUUUGCCGGUUUCAGUUUAGGUGGUAGUUACAGUUUUCUUCCACCCUAUAUCGGCGAGAUUAGUGGAAAAAAUUCACGAGGCUUAUUCAUUGUUUUCAGUGGUGUUUGCAUGAAUUUGGGUAAUUUUCUCAUUAACGCAUUGGGCGCAUUUUUGAAUUAUGAAACAAUGAAUAUUGUCAUGAUAUCAUUGCCACUGAUUGCAAUUUGCUUUUUUCCGUUAAUGUUGGAGACACCCUAUUUUUAUUUGAUGCGAAAUGAAGAAACAAAAGCAAUUGAAAUACUUAUGAAAUUAAAUGAGACGAGCGAGAGGAAAAAUAUAAUGAUUGACAUUGAAAGAAUGAGGAGUGCAAUGAUUUUAAAUGAAAAUUCGGGGAAAAAUGGUUUUUAUUUGUUAUUCAGCGAUCGUGGCAGUAGAAAGGCGUUGAUUAUUAUAAUUCUGUCGAAUGUCACAUUGGCAUUUAGUGGUUUAGUUGCGAUACAAACUUAUUCGCAAUCUAUUUUUAAAUUAAGUGCCGCCUCGACUACAUUAGACGCAAAAUAUGCGGCAAUGAUAAUCGCUGGUGUUCAGAUAUUUUCACGUUUGCCUUCCACUCAAUUAAUUGAUAUUUGGGGUAGAAGACCGAUUUAUUUAUUUUCUGGUAUAAUGUCGGCAAUAUUCCUGACAGUUGUGGGUUUUUAUUUUUUUCUCGAGAAAUAUCCCGUUAUUGAUGUCACGUCUAUUAGUUGGCUACCAUUGGUUGGCUUGAUUUUAUAUCAGUUUAUGUGUAAUGCUGGUAUUUACACGCUUCCAAAUGUUUUUAUUGGUGAACUCUUGUCGGUUAAAGUUAAGGGAGCGGCAAUAAUGAUUGCUUCAAUUGUCAUGGCUAUUUCUUUUUUUAUCACGAAAAUGAUGAUACCAUUGUUGAAUAAUUCAUUGGGUAUUUAUACGACAUUUUGGAUUUUUUCAUUUGUCUGUCUUAUUGGACCAAUUAUUAUUGUUCUCAUAACGCCUGAGACAAAGGGUAAAAAUUUAGAGGAAGUUUUGGAAUUAAUGAGGAAAUAAUUGUUCAUUUUUUUUUCUUUGAAGGGGGAAUUUAAUAAAAAUUAUUGUUGAAAAUAUUUUGAAG